AUGUGCCAGAAGAAAAGAAGUGGGUCAUUCCCACACAUUUUCCUAAAUUACAGCAAAGGAUGAAAAAAGAAUAAGAAAUGGAACAUGCUUUUUAAACACUUUCUCUGGAAGUGUAAACGAAUUGAAGUGGAGCGAAUCCUAAAAACGUGAAUUUCUCCAGACAUAUGAGAGUGAGGCUUUCCGUUUAUACGGGGAGGAAGGAGACGUGUGCGUGGCAGCGGUCUGCAAUGACUUGGAAAAAGAUGCGUGGAUCAAUGAAAGACUUGGGAAAGGUCAGCGAUCAGGCUUUAACGGCGUGCCCGGUAAAUUUCUCUACUUCAGGUUGGAGGAAAGCAUUCAUUUACCACCUGACGACACGGAAAACUGGUGCAAAGGAUCUUGUUGCAUACAGAUUCUCCUCCCGAAUAAACUAGCAGGUGUCAGCGGGAAUUGCACGAAUCUCGAAGCCGAUCCCUGCUCAGGUUUUUGUCAAAAUGAAGAAAAGGUUUAGAAGGACUUUAUCAGCAACUUGUUUUUCACUGGGCGAACUGGUUUGCGCCCUUCAUUUUUGACAACUAAAGACCAGUAAUGGACGUUUUUUCAAUCAGCUGCCUGGAGGAACUGAUAGAAAAUAACAACAACAACAACAAUAAUAAUAAUAGCAACAACAAUAACAAACUUAAUCGGUCGAAUGCCUGCUUUACAUGGCAGUUAUCGGACAUAUCCUGCGGACUGAUCUCUUUCACCACGUUUAUGUCAUAUUUUGUGGUAUUUCUUGCAACACUGAUAUAGAAACCAGCGUAUAAGGACGUCACGGGAUCCCACAUCGCUCCAGUAAAAUGCGCCUGCAUUUACUCCGACGCUCAAAAGGGGCAAUGUGCAAUUAAGACUGACAACGGCGGCUGAAUUCACGUCAGUGACCUAGAAAGUGUACGCGACGUGCCCGCAUCCUGCGGUGUGACCAGGGCUGCUCCAAGACCCGGGAGGUCGCUAUGAUGAAGAGGAGGCUUGAGUUUCCAGAUCAACUUGUCCGCAGCAUUUCUGCUACUUUUCCAUUCUCUGGGAAGUUCUGCUCAAUUUGUUCCAGUUUAAUGAUGAGGUGAUUUCUGCAACGAAAGGCUGAAAAGAUGGAUACGAACAUCUCCGCAGUAGCAGACGGUGGCUUAUCGGAGAGGGACGCUUCCACGCGUGUGUUAACCGGCUGCUUCCUCUUCCUCCUCAUCUUCACCACCCUCCUGGGAAAUACGCUGGUCUGCGCGGCUGUGACCAAGUUCCGUCACCUGCGGUCGAAGGUCACCAACUUCUUCGUGAUCUCUCUGGCGAUCUCGGACCUGCUAGUGGCGAUCCUGGUAAUGCCGUGGAAGGCCGCCACGGAGAUUGUCGGCUUCUGGCCCUUUGGCUCAUUCUGUGACGUCUGGGUGGCGUUCGACAUCAUGUGCUCCACCGCCUCCAUCUUGAACCUGUGCGUCAUCAGCGUGGACAGGUACUGGGCCAUAUCAAGUCCAUUCCGCUACGAGAGGAAGAUGACGCCCAGGGUGGCUUUUGUCAUGAUCAGUGUCGCCUGGACCUUGUCGAUCCUCAUCUCCUUCAUCCCUGUCCAGCUUAACUGGCACAAGGUUCGAACCACUGGCUACCCCGAGCCCAACGGAACCUACGGGGAGACGUUUCCGGAUAACUGUGACUCCAGCCUCAAUCGGACGUACGCCAUCUCAUCCUCGCUCAUUAGCUUCUACAUACCCGUCGCUAUAAUGAUAGUCACGUACACUCGGAUCUACCGGAUCGCUCAGAAACAGAUCAGGCGGAUAUCGGCUCUGGAGCGAGCGGCAGAGAGCGCCAUGCACCGGCAUACCGGCAUGGAGCGGAACCCUGGAACAGAAACGGAGAGCUCAUUCAAAAUGUCAUUCAAGCGCGAAACAAAGGUUUUAAAAACGCUCUCGGUCAUAAUGGGGGUGUUUGUCUGCUGCUGGCUGCCUUUCUUCAUCCUAAAUUGCAUGGUUCCGUUUUGCGAGCCGCGCCUGAUGAACCAGAGGAUGAAUUUCCCCUGCGUCAGCUCCACGACCUUUGAUGUCUUCGUUUGGUUCGGCUGGGCAAACUCAUCUCUCAAUCCGAUUAUAUAUGCCUUCAAUAUAGAUUUCCGAAAGGCCUUCUCUAUCCUGUUAGGCUGCCACGGUCAUUGUUCCAGUACCAAUUCCAUAGAGGUCCUCAGCCUGAACAACAAUGGCGCUCCGCCUCCGUCGUCCCAUUCCCAAGCUAAGGGCCGUCUCCCUCUGGAAGGGAAUAUGCCGUACACCAUCCCACACACCAUCCUCACACAGGAUGAGGAGCUGAGUGAUGUGGAGGGUGAUGUUGGGGUCAAAGCUCUGAUGAAGGUCUCCCCUGCCCUUUCGGCCAACUUGGACAGCGAGACUGAUGUUUCUUUAGAAAAGAUUAACCCUGUGACUUCAAACGGGCAACACAUGAUGUGACAGGGGAUGGAAGCUCUUCUCGUUUCAGAAUCUUGCCAUUCUCAACUUUAAAAGCAGACGUGAAGAGGGAUGUAUAACCACAGAUACACCUCAACAGUACCUGCAAACUGACGUUUACUAAAGACCUUAAAUCCGAUGUGGUGCAAGUCCCGCAGAAUGUUUUAAAGGCACUUUAUCCCAAAUAACUGUCUCGAAAAAUUCAUGUACUGGAUGAAUAUAUGAAAUAUACGUAUAGAACAAAUCAAUCAAGUAGAUAAACAUAAUUCUAAUGACGUUGUUUUCAUAAUACAUCAACCAAAAGAUCUAUUUAACAUGGACAUAUGCAAAAGCUGGUUUCUAAUGUUUUUGUCUGUAAGUGCUGUAUGAUCGUAAGUUGAUUGUAUAGUCUAGUUUUUUUGUAUAUUGUCAAGUACUAGGUCAAUUUCUUCAAAAUGUUUCAGUGGCUUUUCGUUCUGGUUUUGUAUUAAUUUCUACAUUUUUGUUAAAUGAAGCUGAUCUGUGCACUUUUUCCAUCUGUAAGGAAUACAGCUUCGGUGGCGGUUGUUUUUUUUUUUGUUUUUGAAUAUUCACUGUAGAUCCAAGACGGAACCAGAAGGCUGAAUGGGAUAUAUAUCAUAAAAGCAGAAUAACAGAUGAAAGGGAAUGUGGGUAUAUCUAUAAGCGAGUGAUUCUGGUUGUGCCGUACUAGCAAACUGAUAUGUAUAAAUGGCUCCGUGAAUGUCUUCGGUUCCUGCUCUUUUCUUUCCUGGCCAGUUUACCAGCCUUCUGCAGGUCCAAUGCCACACAAACGUAAUGUUCUUAAUGUUCUAUUGUUAGUAUUGUUCAGUAACAGUAGUGUUUUUGGGAAGUGUCUUGUGGCUUAGUGAGUUAGGACUUCACGCUCGUGACCAGAAGGUUGUCAGUUCGACUGACAGACUGAUGAUGCUCAAGGCCCUCGACCCACCCCCCCCCCUCCAAUUGCUCUAGGGGCGGUGGACGCUGGCUGACCCCCCCAAGCUUGCUCUCACCUGUCUGUCUCUGUGUCUCAGGGAGGGGGAUAGGCAAUUAAAAACACAUUUCCCCAUGGGAACCAGUAAAGUGUUUCUUUUCUAAGAUGUACCCAUGCAAAAACUUCAUCAUCUAGUGCAGUGUUUCCAGAUCCAGGUCUCAGGGACCCUGAGACAGUCCAUAUUUUUUGCAUUUUU